AUGUUAUUCUCCACAGUUGUUGAUAAUGCAAAUGUAGUUAUAUAUUGCACGCAGGUUCCAAGGACUGCAUACCAGACAAUCAUUUUCCUUUACUGUACUACAGAAGCCACUAGAAGAGCUUGCGUUUCCAUCCUCCACACAAUUCGGUUUUGCAUCAAUUUUGCGCAUCGAGCAAGAAUCAUGGGGAAAGGCAGUCAGUAUGCUUGGUAUGUGUGUAUGGUAAUUGCGACGACUAUGAUCCUGUAUGGAUACGACUCGUCCACCUUCAAUGCUGUCCAAGGUUCCAAAAACUGGGUCGCCUAUUUCCACAAACCAAGCCCUGCCACAGUAGGCUCGAUCAACACGGCGUACUCUGUCGGCGGCAUUCUUGCUGGUGUUUUUCUGUCUGCUCCGAUCUCCGAUAGAUGGGGCCGCAAAUGGGCAAUCAUAGUCGGUUGCGUCUUUGUCAUCAUCUCGACUUUCAUCUCGACCUUCAGCCCUCGUAACAUUGGUGUUUUUAUCGCUGGACGUGCUAUUGUCGGAAUCGGACAAGGUAUUGCUCUUCCUGCAGGGUUAACCUAUAUCAGUGAACUCGCUCCGGCAGAGAGUCGUGGCAAGAUCAUGAGCUUUUGGCAAAUGAACUUCAGCGUCGGCAGUUUCUUGGCCUAUUGGAUUAAUUUUGCCUGCAGCAAGCAUUCAAAGACGCUUGGCGACUGGGAUUGGAAGAUUGUCCAACUUUUCCAAUUGCUGGCGCCUAUUCUCAUCAUUGCUGUCUUAAUUUUCUGUCCCGAAAGCCCAAGAUGGCUGGCCAAGAAUGACCGAAUGGAGGACGCUUUCAAGUCAUUGUCGAAAGUCCGAGAUGAUCGUGAAGCCGUGCGGAUUGAGAUGAGUGAUAUUACACGGGCAAUGCAGUAUGAGAAAGAGAAUAUCUCAUCUGGGUACUCUGCGCUCUGGAAGGACCCUUCUGUCAGAAAACGUCUUUUACUCGCUAUCGUUCUCAACAUUGGACAACAGUUGACGGGCCAAGGCUCCCUAAAUAACUAUUCGACGAAAAUCUAUCAAGCCGUCUUCACAGACAACAGCACCAUCCAGUUGAUCAACGCUCUUAACGGUACUUUUGGAAUAAUCUUUACCCUAAAUGCCACAUGGACAGUCGAUCGAUUCGGACGCCGUUUCCUCUUCCUAGUUGGUGCAGUUGGUAUGGCAGCUUGCAUGAUCACCGCUGCAGCAGUCGUUACCGAAACUCACGGAGACCUUACAACUGGCAAAUCGCAAAGUGUGGGAAUCGCGACAGUGUUCCUCAUGUUCCUUUUCGCAUUCUUCUUCAAGCCUUCGUGGGGUGCUACUGUCUGGAUCUGGACUGGCGAAAUCUUCAGUAUGAACGUUCGCAACCAGGCCAUCGCUAUCUCUAGUCAAGCUCAGAAUGUCGCCAACGUUGUCCUGCAGCAAGUGUUCCCUAUCUUCCUAGCAAAGAAAGGCUUCUAUGCUAUGUACAUGUUUGGCGCUAUCAACGUUUUACUUUUUGUUUAUGUUUGGUUCUUUAUUGCCGAGACUAAGAACGUCAGCAUUGAAGAGAUUGAUGUCAUUUUUGGUGGCCAUAAUCACGUUGAUGGGGAACUGAGCAAGGGUCAAGUUUCGCAACCUGAGAAUGCGGGUGUUCCGGCUGACAACGCAGAACCACAAAAGAUGAACACCCUUGCGGCAGAGAAACAGGUUUAG